AUGGCCUUUCAAUAUGGAAUGCUUGUGCGACUUUCAAUAAUGUUGCUAGCAGUACUUGUACCAGCAGCUACAAUUGUUGUAGCAACAACAAGAGCAAGCGCACGACAAGGAGGAGAAGAAGGUGAAACAGCUAUGGCCCGGCCUGGCUGCAAACCCAAAUGUGGUAAUGUCACAAUUCCAUACCCAUUUGGCAUUGGUGCCGGUUGUUACUCCCGACCAGAAUUCAGCAUCACCUGCAUAGAAUCCAACAAUAAUGAGCCCACAUUACCCCGAUUGAUGAAAACCCGUAUCUUUGUCGCCAACAUAUCUCUUGAAGAGGGUGAGCUUCAUAUACUGCAGUUAGUAAACAGAGAUUGUUAUGACGACCAUGGUAUCCCACUCCCAAAGGAAGACCAAAGCAGCGGCGGGCUCAGAGUGUAUAAUCCUUACACCAUCUCUGGAGAAAAAAACAGGUUCUUUGCGGUUGGUUGUGACACGAAAGCGUACUUAUUCGGUGGCCGGGACGACCAAAGGUACACAACUGGCUGCGUCUCCAUAUGUCGAAAGAAAAUUGGUGGCUACGCCAUUGACAAGAACGAGUCUUGCUCUGGCAUGGGGUGUUGCGAAACGAAGAUCCCCCCUGGGCUGAACAACCUGACUCUGAGGGUGGAAAGCUAUCAAAACCAUAGGUUAAGGAGGAGUCGUGUGAACUUGCAAGUCAAAACCACGACACUUUUGCAUGCAAAGGAAAUACCACCUGCCAUAACUGGUCUAUGGGUUACAUUUGCCGGUGUAGGAAAGGCUUCGAAGGGAACCCAUACCUCUAUGGUUGCCAAGAUAUUAAUGAGUGCGCUUCGAACCCCUGUAAGAAUGGACAGUGCACAAAUCUACCAGGAAAUUACUCUUGUUCCUGUGAUAGUGGCUACCGCAACCAAGACAAGAUUACGUGCAUCAAAGAAACAGAGGAAAAGCCAUAUAGAGAAGCUCAAACAAAAAUACUUUGACGCUAAUGGUGGCGCACUUUUAGAGAAAAAAAUGGCUACUUUGGGGAAAACAGCCAGAUUCUUUACUGAAAAUGACGUUCAGGCCACCACGAACAAUUAUGAUAAAGUAAAAAAAGUUGGUGAGGGAAGAUAUGGAAUUGUUUACAAAGGAAUACUAGAUAAACAAGAGGUUGCCAUAAAAAAGUCAACAGUUAGUGCUCCAAUUGACCCAAACCAAAAUACCGACCGAGUUGACCAAAAACAAAUUACCGCCGCCCAUAACCAAUUUGUUAAAGAGAUGACUGCUCUUUAUCAAAUAAACCAUACAAAUGUUGUGAGACUCAUAGGUUGUUGUUUAGAUACCCCAACACCAAUAUUGGUUUAUGAGUUCAUGUGCAAGGGCACUCUUUAUGAGAAUAUUCACGACAAAAAUGGCAAAAAACCAUCACCACCCCUUACAUUGGCACAGCGGUUGAGAAUAGCAGCCGAGACGGCAGACGCCCUAGCAUACUUGCACCACUCCGCUGUCACGCGUUUCAUACACCGUGAUGUGAAAACCGCUAAUAUACUAUUAGAUAAGAAUUUAACAGCAAAACUGUCCGGCUUUGGAGCUUCAACACCUUUUCCUGGAGAUGAGAAUGAAACAUCAAUUUUAGCCUUUGAAAAGGAAAAAGGAGACGACGUCUAUAGCUUUGGACUUGUGCUAGUGGAGCUGUUAACAGGCCUAAAGGCAGAGGAAAAAGAGGUAAAACUCUUUGUUCGCUCAGUUGAAGGGAGUACGUUGCGUCAAACUCUUGAUGAAGAAAUAUUGGAGAAAUGUUCUGAUGAAGUCAUCAAAAAAGCUGCUGAGCUGACACUAAAAUGCUUGAAUUCAAGAGGGGAGGAAAGGCUUUCUAUGAAAGAUGUACUCGGAGAGCUCCAAAAAUUACUUGGAACCAUGCCACAACAUCCAAGUGGAGGAGAAGAGGAUGAUAUCUCUCCAUCUCCCAAAGAUACCGGCAACUUAGUUGGUUCUAGUAGUGCAGAGAGUGCGGAAGCAGCAUGCAAAUAA